AUGGAGAUGAAGCAGCAGCCAAGGAAAAUAAUGGUGAACUUGGGUUUGGCAUUUUUAUUUGUUCUGGACAUAGAGAGGACAUCCCCAAGGCAACUACAAGGGCUUCUUAUGGUAUUAGGAUAA